UGCUAGUUUCUUUAGACUUUAACGGUCAAGAUGGAUCGAGAUGUUGCAUUUGAAGCUUUGUGCGCACUCUGCAAUUCCUGUGUAACAUCUUUUCAAAGACAAGGAUUGCAAUUUCAUGGAGGAGCAGCAUCGGUGUGUUGGCAGAUGUGUGUCAAGGCUUUCAUCUGCACAGUCUUGGAUGCAGAUGAAACCUGCCAGGUGUCCAGAUCCAACUUUGCGCGCUUGCAAAGUGUCCUGCAAGGUUAUGGGCUAACAGCAGGCCACGCCCAGGAUGCCGCUGUGCGUGCACCAACAGAGAGGGAUAUCAUCAUUGAUGAAGAUGAAUUCUUUGACCCUCAGUUCGACUAUGACUUCCGCUCACUGACGGACAAUGAGACUUAUUACAGAGGAGGGGAGGUGUAUGAGCGCCCAUAUGGUUGGUACCGUUUUGCCCUGAAGGUGCUGGAUAAGUAUGAUGGAAAUGACUGGUUGGGAACCCGAUACCGCAGCACCCAGACGGUGCCGGGGGAGUGGCCUGUGUCCUACCAUGGGACCUCAAAGAAAGGAGCUGAAGGGAUCAUCUCAGGAUACUACAAGCCGGGGGCGGGUCAGACAUAUGGCAGGGGGAUUUACUCGACCCCGUACAUCGAUGAGGCAGUCUACUACACCAAAACAUUCACUUCCAACAGUACGGGCAAGACGUACCAAGUGGUUCUGCAGAAUCGAAUCAAUGCCGACUAUAGAGAGAGACACAACAACGACAAGUACUGGCUGGUCCCCAUCUCAGCAGGAACAUCACCUGCAGAUGAGCAGGACAUCGUAGAAAGGUCCAUCCGUCCUUAUGGUCUCCUGCUGAGAGAGGUCUAACAGAGCAACGAGGGUC